GGUUGCAAACAAACAAACAAAAAAAGUGUCCCUCUUGGGAAGGUCUACUCGGAUGUAAGCUCCAUGGCAUUUACACGCAGGAUCUAAACAACUGUUCAGGUUAAGGAAUGACUUCUCCUCUCUCUUCUCUGGGGAAGAUUCGAAGAAUGCCACUCAACAUGCAUAGUCAAGGGAAAAGGGCAGUGCCAUUCAAAGAAAGUGCUCCAAAUGGGGAUGAAGAAGCUCUGAUGGAUGAAAUUCUAGGGCCAGGGGCCCAAAUUCCAGUGCGAGUCAAUGCCCCUUCCUGUUCAAGUGGAACUACAGAUAAACCAGCUAUCCAUGGCGCUGCUCCCACAGACAUGGAACUGAUGGCCUCCAUGAUGCAGAAGAUUGCUUCACUGGAACAGAAAGUCAAGAGCCAAGCCCUUGCCGUUCAGCACAAGGACAAGACGAUCAAAGAGCUUGAGGAGCAGAUGAAAAUCCUCCAGAAAGGCAGUGAGGAAACUUCAGGGUUGAGCAGAGUGGAGGAACUGGAAGUGAUCUGCCUUCAGCUGCAGCAUCAGAUCUGGGAAAUGGAGCGGUUUCUGAAUGACUAUGGAUUGAUCUGGGUGGGAGAAGGGAAUGAAUCUGCAGAAGAUAUGGCGUCACGGGACGGAGAAGGGAAUCGGUCAUCCAGGGGUCUCUGGAAGCCAGGCAACUCUGUUGUUUCAGAAUCUUCAAUAAACUUUGAUACUAUCUUUGAAAACCUGAAGGAUUUAAAUGUGCUGGCUGGGGAGGGUGUGUCCCAAAUCGAACAUGUGGCAGGAGGGGCUCGGUUGAGACAGCUGGACCCAAUCCCUCUCACCUUCUAUCAGAAUGGGAUCGUCAUGUUCAACGGUCCCUUCCGGUCAUAUGAGGAACCUUCCACGCAGCAAUGCCUACGAGAUCUCAUGGAUGGCUUUUUCCCUUCUGAGCUGCAGAGGCGUUACCCAGAAGGUGUUCCGUUUCAGGUCACCGACAAGAGAGAGGUCUUCUUUCUGGAGAGGCAGCUGCCAGAGAGUUUUCCAGGCCAGGGCCAGGUCAUUGGCAAUCCAAAACCGAGCGGGAUGAAGGAAACAACUGUGAUCCCAGGUCCCAAGCUCACUGUAGAGCAGUUUGUGAACAAACUUCCAAGGUCGCUGAUCCGAGAUGGGCAAGUGAUCGAUAUUCGGAGAGAAAUCGGAGAAACCCUUCAGGGCUCUAGCGGGACGCAGAAGCAUGAAGUAAUUCUGGUGGAGACGCCCAGCCUCAUGGCAAUAAAAAAGAAGUUGGAAGGGGACAAUCAACAGAAGACUGCUGAUCCCAACAUCUCAACCCUUCGAAUAAAGUCUGAGAAUGGGGAGAAGACGUAUAUCAUCAAAAUGCCAUUCACAGAGACCAUUGGAGACCUGCGCCAGCACCUUGCCCGGAGCAGGGGAGGAGAGCUGGAGUCGUAUGAGAUCCUCAGCAUCUUCCCCCAACAGGUGUACAACAACAAUUCUAUGACCCUGGAGGAGUGUGGGUUGGUCCCCAACGCCUCCCUUCUUCUGAGGAGAAAGGCCUCUCCAACAAAAUUGCAAGGGCAACAGCUGUAA